AUGCGCUCAAUCAGCCUCGUGGCUCUUGCCGCGCUCUUGUGUGCCACCGAGUCUCUCGCAGCAGAUGUUCUACGUCCCAAGUACUAUUUUCCCCGUGAGGUUAACCGACGCACCAACACUACUUCAACUCCUGCCAGCAGUGGAGCUUCUAACGAAGUCGUCGUUCCCAUCUACGUCUACGCCGGUGCAGAUGGACAAACUACCACGGUGACUGGAACACCUCAAACGAAGACCAUCACCAAUCCUGUCACAACCGCCGCUGCUGCAGACUCUACGACCUCAUCAUCUGCCGACUGGUUGGCUGCUUUGGGAAGCGACAUUGGCAACUUGUUUGACACUAGCACUACUGCCGCUGUUGGCUCUACCACUGGUCUCCCUACUAGCAUUGUGCUACCGACAAUUUCUCCUUCGAUCACGCCUACUAUUACAAGCGGUUCUGCGUCUGCCACAUCUUCUAGCACCAGCUCUGCUGGAAAUCUGCUUUCUGACCUCUUGGGAUCUAGUGGAUUGCUUGGUGGAUUGUCUCCUAGUUCAUCCGCCUCGUCAAGCGCUCCUGGUAUCACGGUCGGGCUCUCCAGCAUCUACUCAUCCGCAGCCAUCCCGACAGCUACUUCCUCUGCAUCUGCUAGCGCCAGCAGCAGCAGCAGCUCUGAAGGUCUUUUGCCCUCAUUAUUGAGCUCUCUGCUGCCCAUUUUCCCCAGCGCUACCAGCUCCAGCUCCAGCGCAACUGGAUCUAGCUCUGCCACGAUCUCUUCCCAGUCAAGCGACUCUACUAGCCUUCCUUCUCUGUCAAUCCCUAUCUCGAUCCCCAGUUUGACCUUGACCUCGUCCACCCCUGUCAUUCCUCCUGCUAGCAGCAGCCCUGCUAUUCCCACGGCUACAACUUCUAGCCCCUUGUCUAGCGGUGCUGUUACGUCGAAGGCUCCUGUCCCGUCUACAACCUCUUUGGCUACUGCAUUGGGAUCCUCCUCUGCUCCUCUGAGCGCUACUGCAACUGUCUCUCCUUCUUCGGUUGCAGUGCCCUCUCAAACGCAGACUACUGCUGAACCAUCUGUCACCGCUCCUAGCACAUCUUCUACAAGCAGUGCCACCUCGACACAGACGACUCAGUAUAUCCCACCACCAGUUCAGACCCCAACUGAGACAAGCACUGGAACGACCGCCUCGUCAUCCUCUGGACCUACCCAGAUUCCCCAGGCCAUUUCACCUCCAGGUGGUACUCCGCACACUCCUCAGAACUCUACCUUGGUUCAAUUCGGGUUCAACAAGGCUUUGUCAUGGCAGACUGUUGCUACGUCCGCCAACUGGGCUGACCAGAUCUACUACUACACUCCUCUUGGUGUUGCCUAUGCUCUCAAUGACGCGACAAGCGACGUCGUCAACUACUGGCUCGGUUCUUACGAUACCAAGAGCAGUCUCGGCUACGACACGACUCUCAUCAAGUUCUUCAUCCCCAGCGACCAGGUCGACGCUCUGAACAGUCUCCGACUCCUCCCAUCGUCUAACUUGUACAAGCAGCCAAACACACCCAAUGACGCACCAACAUAUGACCAGGAAUCGAUCGUGAACUUGUUCUCCAUGCUCAACACUGGCAUUCCUCUUGUUGCUCAACAACCUGUUGGCUCCACUCCUUCCAGCACCUCUGGUUCAACUGGAAACGGUGACUCGACUGGUGGCAGCGAGGACAACGGAUCCAACCCUGGUGAUGGUAGUGCAGGAAGCAGCAACAAUGUCCGCGCCAGCUCUGUCGGUAUCGGUGUCGGGGCUGCCGCUGGUGCCGCUGCCUAUGCCGGAGUUAUGUUCUACGUUGCUCGCCGCUACAGGAAGCGCAAGCAAUUGCACACUCGUUCAUCCUCUGUCAGCACUUCUUCCAUGAGCGAAGUUGGCGGUGCAUCCAUGUUCGCUCAGGGUGCUCGUAUCUCGCACAACAGUGGCCGAAGCGGUCGUACUGCUAUGAUCAGCGCUCCUGUCAUGUCCGAGAACUCCUUGGGAUGGAACUGA